CUUCAUUAGGAGAAUAUAGAGCUUUUCCACUCCUGGAUAAUCACUGUCACCAGUCAGUUUCGUUUUGCAAGUGCGUGGAAAAACAUUCCGAAGGCCAUUGGCGUGUGGUAACGAGCAAUAGUUAAAAGUGCGUUCGCGAUCGUCCUUUCAAGUGCGUGUAAAAUUGGGAAAAUAAGUUUCUGAAGUGAAUUGCUCCUGAUAAGAAACGUGGAAUAUCCUCCGGAGUAGUCGAUAGUGACAGCUCGAAUCGAGUUCAGACCGUCUUCCCCGUGCAAGAGGAAGUUUUUUUCUUCGAUUGGACCAGGGUUCAGCAAAAGGCCUCAAAACGGAGCACAUAACGAAAAUGAUGGAUUUCAGCGGCGGCGCCUACGGAGGCGGCAAAGCUGGCGGUGCAUUCGAUCCGAUCGGGUUCGUGAUGCGGCCAACGGUGAUCCUGCGAGCUGUCUGUUGGCUCUUCGCGAUAAUCGUUUUCGGGUGCGUAUCGGCCGAGGGUUGGCGGGAAGAGGAUGGCAAGGACUACUGCAUCAUCAAUCGGGACGCCAAUGCGUGCAACUACGCCGUCGGAAUUGGUGUAAUCGCCUUCCUGGCUUCGAUGGGUUUCAUCGCCGGCGAGUACCUGUUCGAGCAGAUGUCCUCGGUCAAGACCCGAAAGCACUACGUGCUCGGUGAUUUGGCAUUUUCCGCAUUGUGGACCUUCCUCUACUUUGUCGGAUUCUGCUAUCUGACCAAUGCGUGGGGCAAGGCGGACGAUCCACCCAACGGCGAGGGUGUGAACAACGUGCAGGCUUCCAUCGUGUUCUCGUUCUUCUCAAUCUUCACCUGGGCCGCUUGCGCUUACUUCGCGUAUCUGCGCUUCAAAGCCGGUGUGGAUCCAUCGUUCCAAUCGACGUACGAGUCGGACCCGAAUGCCACGAAUCAAUACUCGGCCUACCCGGUGGGAGGAGGCGGAGGCGAGAGCGAACAGUUCCAGCAGCAACCGUUCGGCGGUGGCCAACAGCAGCAACAGCAACCGGGUGGUGACUUCAAUACUCCUGCUUAUUAAACUUCUAAAAACAUCGCACCCUUGGUUCCGUUGGAUGACAACGGAGUUUGAAGAAGUGGAUAGCAGUGCAAAGUAGGCUCUGGAGUAUCCUUUUCAGCUCGGCUACUAAGCAACAUAUGAAAGUGUGCUCAGCAGCAGAAUUAGCAGACAUACACACGCAAAUACAAACACUCACACCGACAGAAUAGAUCCAAUUUAAGAUUUCUAGUGUAAUUUGGAAAAUUGUCAUCACAUUAUUUAGACAACAGCAGCCGCAGCAACAGCAAUGAAAAACAAAACAAAAUAACAAAUCGAGAGACACGACAACAGUUAAUAUUUCUCCCAGAUCCUAUUAAGAGCGUACAUUGUUAUAUAUAUUACACACACACAUGCAUAGGCAAGCAUUCAACGUACGAAACAUGAAACAGCAAAACAACAGAAACAAGGCAACAUACACUCAAACACAUACACAUACAAACAUAACCGGAACAAUGAAGUAAUAGCAAAACCAAAAAAAGAGAAACUCGUAAAAAUCGAAAGGACAAACCAAAACAAAUAUCCAGAUUUAAACAAAAGGAAGCAAAAAAAGAAGAAAAUAUUGUUAGUUUAUGACAAAACAAAAAGUAAUCCUAUAAGAAAAAAAAAAACAAGAGAAAAAGAAUAUCUUACCAUAUAAGUACUUGGUAUAUUAUUUAUCAUGAUAAUAAUAAUACAGAAGAACAAGCCUAGUUGAUAAGAAAUCGAGUCACGCGUUGAGACAAAUAAACCGAAACAAAAAAAAUUAACCAAGGAAAUAAGACAAGUGGAAAUGAUAAGCGUGACGUCACAUCGGAUACGGUGUGAACAAGUGGUUGAAAAAGCUCAUCAAUGUUGGAUCAAACUAUAUUUAACGGAAAGAAGAGAAAUAUUGGAAGAUGCUUUUGACGGUUUAGAAAUCAUGUGUAGGCAAAAAAAAAAAAAACUAAAAUAAAAACUAUCGAAGCAGAGUAUCCAGGCAAGGCGAAAAGAUCUGUUUGGUGUUUCGGAAAAUAUGAACAAGUAAAUUUAAACAAACAUUAAGAUCUGAUCGAAUCUGAAAUUUGUCGUUGGUGAUUGUAGUAGUUGAAGAGGCAACAUCGCGAAGAAGUUGUUGAAUGAGUGCUGGGAACAGAAAAAAAAAACGAAACGAAAAUUGGAAUGGUUUUUUUUGUGUGUGUUUUUGAAAGGUUCAAGUUGAUUUGUUUAACUUUUCAUUAGAUUUUUUAGGCUGCAAUUUGGUGGUUCAAGCUGUGGUUUUAGGAGUUUUAAAUUCUUAAGCAUGAUUAUAGAAAUUUGCUUCUGAUCCAUAGAAAAUCUCUCGGAUUUGUCUUGCAAUUUUCGUUGAUAGGCUUUUAGGAUUUCUAAAGAUCAAUUUUUAGAAUUCCCUGGGAACUAUACUGAGAACUCAAUUUCUGCUAAGAAUUUUCUAGAAACUCUACUCAGAAAAUCUGCUUAGAAUUUCCUUAGCACAAUUUUUAGAAUUCGCUUGGAACUAUCCUCAGAACUCAUUUUGUUUUAAAAGUAGCUCAGAAUUUUGUCGGAACUCUACUCAGAUUUUUCCUUAGAAUUCUUUUGAAAUUUGGCACUGAUUUUUUUCAAUUCGUUCCUCAAUAUCCCAUUGGAACUACUCCCAGCAUUUGAUUCCCUUGCAGUUCAUAUCAGAGCUCGCUUGAAGCUCUAUUCUGAAUUCCCUCGGAAUUGUGCUCAGUAUUACUAAUUUUACUUUUGCUGGUCCGACGUUCCUCAGGAUUUGACCGUCAGUACACUAACACUCUGCGCUUCUCUGUAACUGCCAGAUUCAAGGCAGACACUUUUUUGCAUUGUCAAGUUCUGCUUUUUUUCCCUGUAGUCAGGACAUAACACCACUGUGAUCAGUUAUUUGAUCUGUAGUAUAUCCGUGUCCCUAGUAAAGUGCAUUUCGUAUUACUUCAUCACUAUUGAGAAAUGAUGCAGUAUUCGGAUUGAUAAGAUAAUCGAUUGUUCCAAUUUUGACAUGUCGUCUCUUUAUAAAUUCAGUCUCUUUAGUCUUAACCACCUCAAACUAUGGAACUAGAUGAAGACUAACUAACUCAUUUUCCCUUGUUUCAAGAUCAUCCUUGGUGGACAAAGCCGAGUCUUGUCACUAUCAACAAGGCAUAAAAAGUAACAAGGGCUAAGAUGUGUUCCUUUGGUUACCGAAAAAUCCUGUUUCCCUAGUUUGAAAUAGCCAGGACUAAGAAACGGUGGUAGAUCUUACAUCCCGUAACAUACCACAAAAAGUUGAUCUACCCACGCUACGUGGCGGGAAUUUUGCUUGCAAUCAUUAUGAAAUUUCACUCCAUGGAAUUUUACUCUGAACUGAAUUCAUCUCCGAAUGUUAUGAACGCCCAUAUUAACAUGCACCGCUUUAAACCAAAUUCUGCCACCUUGAAUUUCUCCUUCAUCCGUCGGUGUCUGUUUCGCAAUCUAGUGUCAAACACCAACGGACAUCGAUUGCCAUCCAUUGACGGCAAUCGAAUGUGCAGGAAGACAGCUUCCACUCCUGCGCAGGAUAUUGACGACCUGUGUCCACCUUUGCGGAUAGGUGUCCUUUCUUUUCUCGGUCUAAAACCCUUUUAACGGUCCACCGAGACACUUCCACGGGGAUUGAAAUGUCUUUUUGCGACAUUUGCACGUGGGAAAAAUCACGAAUACGCUGCCACUUCGUCAUGGUGCAACUGUCAAAUUAAGUAAAUCAUUUUCUUUUAUGCACAGCCUACUACGGUAUGCAUGCAAAGAAAACCAAGGCAUUGUAUGCACAGGUGAAACGGGAACCUUAUUUGUACAAUGGUGCAAGCAUUAUCACGCAUACGGUAAUGCAAGAACCUGGAUCAGUUCAAAUGGCUUCAAUAAAUCUUCGAGCUGUUUCGGACCAUGCUGGAUUGCUUGAAACCAUGAACUCCCUUGUUUAAGCCACACACCAGUUGGCGCUUUCUAGAUUUAGUGAAACAUGGUGGCUGUUCCAUGAAAGCUUCAUUAUUGUAGUAUGAUGGCAGCAGUUAUGUCAUGAUGAUCAGAACUCAAUCACUGGCCAUCUGGUUCAUAACUACGUUCUACCUUGGCUACUAUACCGUUUCUUCAGAGUCCAUCCCGUUUCGCUACAGCUCUUCCCAGACUUACCAAGCGGGCUUUGUGACAAUCGACGUUUUCAAUGACUUCACGAUGCUAUUUGCUUAUAGCUAUUUGUUUACAACUACUUGUUUACAAGUAUGAGUGGAGUCGAGCUGCGAAAUUAAACAUGGUGUUUUU